GAGGAUCAAAGCCGAUUUUCUAUAUGGUGACUGAUAGUAGGAAGGGCUAGUAUUGUUUGGGCUUUUGAUAAGACAAUGAUUGAAUGUUCUAAAAUGCUUCUUAUUCAUGGAUCUUUUCAAGAUGACCACCAUUUCUGUGCUUCUCAAGCCUGCUUAAGGCAAAAUUUGCAGAUCUAUUCAAAUAUGGAGAUGGUGUGGUGUAUAUGUUUCUGAGUCAAGGAGUCACAUAAAAUUGCUGAUCACUAGUUUGCCCUUUGUAGCUCAGAUGAAACCAAAGGAUCGCCAGCCAAUCAGUACUCACUUCUCAUCCUUUCAAGUUGACUAAUAGCUGUGCAUUAACCUUUGUUUCAGUGGGUCAUGGCUAAAAAUAUUUUUCCUCCCUAUCACAAGCCAAAAAAAAGAUGCAAAAAAAGAUGUAUAUGUAUUACUGUGCCUGUAUUUGUAAACAUUCCUUGGUUCACAAAAAAAUAUUGGAAGAGAAACUCUGCAAGAAGGGGGAAGAACUCAGGAAGAUGAUGGGUAGCUCGGAGAGCAUGGAAUCUACCCAACUCACCCUUCCGAAGCACAUUCUGGACAUUUGGGCCAUUGUCUUAAUCAUUCUGGGUACCAUUGUCAUCAUGACUUUACUAGUAUUGUGCCCAGCAACAACGGUGAUUAUUUAUAGGGUUUGGACACACCCUAUGCAUCACAAUGGUGCCGAGUGAGAUUGGCCUCCUUGUCGCUGUUUGGACUCUGCUUUUGAGGAACAUAGGCCAAACGCAAUAGGAAAAGCAGCUGAAUUAUCUGGCAGUUUUCAAGAUUAGGUUGAGCCCUGAGCAGGCAUUGGUAAAUUGUCAGCAGAGAUAUAGUAGCAACACAUCUGCUGUCAGCAUGUGAUAAGAAUGCUACAGCUCACAAAAUGUAUCUUCGAGUGCCUGGUUAUCUAUUUGGCUUAUGUCCACAGAACAUUACAUCCUGGACUUUAUCUCCACUUGUGGAAUGAGCUAAACUGCUGCAGAAUUCCAGAUCCUUCCAGUUUUGAUUUCUGGUAUGUGUACCCCAUUCAAAACAAGCCUUCAUGUUUACAGAGCAAACUAUUCCAAGGGGAAAAGGAGAUGGCAGAAUAACAGUGCUUAAGAGGACACCUUAAGUUAAAUUUAAGUAGUGACUGCUUUGCAUAAGCAAUUUGCUUUAUCUGGUCCAGACAAUCUUCAUUCCACACAGAUCAGAUGAGAUCUUAGCUGAUAUAUUUGUGGUCCAUCUUUUCUUCGAGCAUCCUCUGUUUCAAGCAGCACCAGUUAAAGAGAAUUAAAAGGGAGAAAUGAGAAGUCAGCGGAUAAGUGAUUGGUGGAAAUCAUGUUUGGUAUCUAUUGCAGUUGAACAGUACAUUCAUAAAGGGAGGUUUAUUUUAAGGAAAUUGAAUGAACAUAAUAUAGGGAAAGAGAAGAGAGAGGCUAAGAUUCUAGAAAAAAUAUUUUACUGUCAGAGAUCGGUAUAGGAAAAAGUAAAAUAAAAAACUUUUCAUUUGUGAAAUUAGAUUUUGUGAUAGGAAGGUCUAUCUCAAAAUUUUUUUACAGUUAUUGUGCUAUACAAGUAUUAUGAUGGAGGGUUUUUUUUUAAAUUUUAGGAGAUAGAUUCCGAUCAUUAAACCUUUAAAAAAUAUGUUCUCUUUUUAGUAAUUGGCUUCUUAGAAGCACUAUAGUAGAUUCCUUCAAAUGGUUGGAACAAAAUUAUUCUGAUUUCUUGGUGACAGCCAUUCUACACAUUUCAUUUACCGGGCUGAUAGAAUAAUUUGCAUUUUCAAGACCCAGGCAAUGUAAUGUCCUUUCUCUUUCUCCCAUAGUUAAUGGUGUCAGGAACGAACACAUUCAAGUCACACUUGUUUUCCAUUCCCUUGUGCAGUAGAGCUGAUAGCCUCUCAUUCACAGAGUUAUUAUACUCUAAGAAUUACAGAGAACAGAAACAUUUAGCAGGGAUUUUGGUUCAUGUCUUAAAGGAAAUGUUUUGGUAGGUGAAAAAUACUGCAGUGUUUAAUAAAUGACACAAUCAAUACUCAUAUACAUAUCAACUGACACUGAAUUCAUUUCCAGUCAACAUAUCAGGAGAAAAUUGUUAUAUUAAAUUACAGUAUUAUACAGUGCCGUGUAAUAAACAGUAUUGGUCCCUGCCUCUGAAUUUUGAUGUUUGAAUAUUGAUUUCCUUCUUCCUGUUUGGCCUUGAAAUAUCUUAUUAGUCUUCUACUAUCUUAUUGUGUAACUUCAUAUCAUUUUAGCCCUUCGUAAUCUGUUCGGUCAAGCUUCAAAACUCUCAAAGGAAGCUAAAUUCAUAAUGCAAACUUUUGUUGUUGCCUAUUAUACAUUAUAUGAUUAUCGCCAGUUGCCCUGGAAGCAGGAAAUAUAUAAUUCAAAAUGUGUUUUAAAUGCCAAGUGAAAAUAGAUAGUGCUAUGGAGAAAUUCAUCAGUAAUUGGCGAACACUUGAGAUUAGAAUCUUGUGGGGGUGGGGGGUUACCAGAGUUUAGGUUUAUUUAGAAAUAAAGAAACAAGUAUAUAACAAUAUUAGACGGAGGCUAGAAUUAGAGAAAUUACAAAACCUGAUAUUUGAGACAAGACUUUUGAGGUCAUGUUUGUUUUGUACCAGAUGAGGUUUUGAUUCCAUGGCUGCUUUGUGCCAUGAUACUGUCUUAGGGUCAAUUUGCAGCAUUUUCUCAUACAGUCUAGAGGUUAGAUGUGGUAUGAGCUGAAGAAAUGAAUGGAAGCCUUCAAUAGUGAGAUGAGUCAGCCUUUAGCCUAGAAAGAGAUAGAUGUUUUAUUUACGACAUUCUGUUUCCUGUGAGGUAUAUUCAGAGGAAUUAAAUAUGCAUUUAAUGCAAACACUAUCUUAGCUGUAUUGCACACACAACUGGCUUGCUCUCAAAAUGGAGGAAUGGACUUUUGUUAUUCAAUUAUAUCAUGAUGGACUCUGAUUUCCAAGUGGAAAUGGUAAGAUACU